UUGGGUACCGUGCGGAUAAUUAUAAUGUGAUUAUAAUCUCGUCCAUGUUCCGGUCUAUAAAACAGUGAACAUGAACUCGCUGGAUCGACACAGCGACAAACCGAAAGCGUAAGGUCACCCAUGCGCGUACUACAUUUCUAACAAUUUCAGCCCCGGUGUCUUUGUUCUACCUCUUUGUUCUGAGUGUCUUCAGCGAGAAAAUUCGUCUCGAAAGUCUAGAAUCAGGGAAAUAAUUUAUCAACAUGGCGAUUUCUCUGUGUUCUCAUCCGGGUAUCACUUGUGCUGUCGGAAUUUUGAUACUGCUCGUUAGAGCUGGGAACGCCAUCGAAUACAUGGACCAAAACUGCGGGGGAACCAUCGAUGUUGGCGGUUCCGGAGGCAUUCUGGUCUCCCAGAGGGAUCACGAAUAUAGGAACUACAUGGACUGCAAGCUCAUUAUCACCGCCGACUCGAGUCGACGGAUCCUACUCACCUUCGACUGGGUCGACAUCAAGGAUAGACCGAAAUGUAAACAGGACUACCUGGGGGUCUAUGAGGGAAAGUCGAAUUAUUUCCUUUCCCGAAACCUCGGGUUGAUCUGUGGCACCUCUGCCAGGAGCAUUGUUUCUCGAACAAAUGCCGUCACUUUGAGAUUCAAAACCAACAAAUCUGGAACAGGCAGAGGAUUCGUCCUCUCUUACACGUCCUUCGAGUCGCCUACCUCCGAGGGCUGUGGUGCAGACGAAUUCAAAUGCGACAACUAUCGAUGCAUUGAUGCGAGCCUCAAAUUCAAUGAUUAUGACAACUGUGGUGACAACAGUGAUGAGACCCUCUUCAUCAAUGGCACCAUUGACACCGAAAACACUGCGAGUAAUAAGGCCGGCAUCCUUGCCGUCAUCCACCUGGGUGCCAUCGGGGCCGGGGUACUGGUCUGUGUCCUCGUCGGUCGCCUCUGCUGGCGCUACUUCUCCAACAAACGUCAACUGCAGCAGGCCUCGUCUCAGGUCGUUUCCAAUACGCCCCAGGAGCAACCCCCUAUAGCCAUGCAACCGACCGGUCAAUCCAGUCAACCGGCUUCGUAUGGGCAACCAGGGGCCUACCCUGCCGGUCAGCAGGCUUAUCCUGCCAUCCAACCGGCGUACCCUGCCGGCCAACCGGCGUACCCUGCCGGCCAACCGGCGUACCCUGCCGGCCAACCGGCGUACCCUGCCGGCCAACCGACGUACCCUGCUGGUUAUCCUACAGCUUACCCUGGGGAACAGGUCUAAACAUGUUCAGCACUCGACAGUAUUUUCGUCUCAUAGAAUCGCAGACUGGUGGAUUCUCGGUUUUCAUCUCAAGUGGGUUAUUUGAGUUUGGAGUUGUUAAACGGCUUUGCGUUGUUUACAUAUUUCGAGCUUGAAUUCAUCCAUGGUCUGCCUUCGGAUUAGUUCCUUCUAGCAAGGUUAAUGAAUUAUUCAUUAAUAAUGCAAAUGAUGACGUGCAGACUUGGCCAGUGACAUCUGUGAAACCUGCAAACCUGACUGUGGUUGUUUUCCCUUUCAGUGGUUAUGUAAUCAUAUUGACAUACUGAAAUGUAGCUCUGAAAAAAGUAAAAUUAGAACUUUAAUCAUUGUGACUAUAACCUUGCAUUGCAUAACGAAUUCAUAAUCAGAAUCUUUUAGAAAACCUAGAGAAGCCAUUUUAAAUCACACUGAAAUACGGUGCUGUCGUUGCCGAAUUAUCCAGGCAGCUUCUUGCAUUAUUGAGGGUUUGCAUUGCUGCCAUCUUGCAGGACAGUGCUUUUAUUGCACAGGGUAUGUACAAAGGAGGUUUCCCUGAGGAACGAAAGAACUGCCCUGCAAGAUGGCUAGUAUGCAAAGACUCUAUUGCAGCCAUAUUGGGUGACUACAGGAAAGCCACUGAAUUCUUGUGGAAGCAUUCCAGAAUUCUAUGAUAUGCCCCAAAAUCUGCAGAUAUCUUUUACGAAUCUGCUAGAAUUUCAGCACAAUAUCUACCUCGUCUAGCAGAUUUUUGGCUGAAACGGUCUCUCUGUUGCCAGGGGAAACGUAUAGUGUAGGCUUAAUGUUUUUCUCUUGCUGCGUACGGUUUUAAUGACACAUUUACCAGGAACAGCUGCAAAUGACUUGUUCCUUCAAGCGUUUCCCAACACUUUGUCUAAUCCAUUCGGAGGGUAUCUUUCAGUGUUAAAACUCUGCCUCGGACUGUUUGCCCUCAAGUUCCUCUAGUGUGUAAUUAAGCGAUAUCUCCUAAGCAGUGUUCGGAUAGUUUCCUUAGAGUGUAGGUGCUUCGAAGUGGUUUUAAUACCCAAACCCACUCUCGACCUACAGAGUCUUUCAAUCGGUGAAAUGUUUCUGAAAUCAGAGAGAAAUGCAAGUCGCGCGUGACAGUUUUAUGUACAUGUACUGUACACUUCGCCUCUCGGACCUUCCUAGCCGCCUUGUGUAUGAGAUGCAUGUGAUCGCGCACUGCACUCUACUGAUGACAUCUCUGCCUUCCUGGACUGUGGGCCUCCACGCGCUCCAUAGGAAAGUGCAUACAUGUGAACAAAAAUGUGAUGUCAACAUUACAUAGAUCUCUUCAGGGUAAGAUCGUGGCUUGACUUGAGGCCCACCACGCCGUGGGAAAACUUGAGCAAUCGCGAUGAGAGCUGCGGAAAAAGAGAUUUUUAGUAUGGGUGAAUGAGAACAGUGAAAUGCUCUGUUGAGCUAAUUUGUUAGCAUCGGGGUUGUCAAUUAAUUGUUUGGGGAAAUCUCAGAGUUGUGUCCUUCAAAGUUGUUAUUUCGAAUGCAGAAAUAAGGUCCACCUUUGGGUCGGUAGCAUACACAUUGGUGCUAUGUUUAAAAGAAAAGCGUAGUUUUUGCUCCUUAACUGAACUUGUGUUGAGCCAAAGGUAAAAGUGAAAAAAAAAAAUCAGGCUAAGCCUGAAGACAACGGAAGUAGAGAUUUCUAUCCUUUUCUUGCCUUUAAAAGAGUCUUUCAAUAGUUGCCUUAUUUACAUAGUUCAGCAUCUUGAAUUUGAUAUCAUUUGUAUGUUUGUUGAAAUUUACACUUGUUUGUGUGUGUGCUUAAUCUUUUCAAAAUUUUAAAAGUUCCUAUCGAAGACUAGUAUUCAUGUGACACUGUGCAGUUUCAUUUAUGCCUCAAUUAAUGAUUGGUGAUUACAUAAAUAUUUUAGUAUUUACAUCACAUUUUUUAUUGCAGUCUCGGGCUUUUGAAACUGCACAUGUAUGAUUUCAGUGUUUAUAGACUAAAUAUUUGAUCUUGUUCAUUUCAAUAUUAAUAUUGGCAGAGUGGUGUCGGUGGCAUAAGUGUGUUUCCUGUCUUACCCAGAAACCUCCCAUAUUUAUUUCAAUCCAGCUCAAAAAUCCCCCAUAGACCUUUAUCGUGUUGCUACCAUGCUUUUGCUGCCCCCUGUAUACCCAUCUGCAAUAAUAAUUCAACUUCAGAUACUAAUAAAAGGGAACAGACUAUUACCCCUUC